CCUAAACUCCUAGUCCUAGCUAAAACCCUUUCCUUUUCCUCCUCAUUUCUAAAAUACUUUUGGAUCCAAACGGAUGCAAGUUUCUUCCAUCCAAACACCUCCCAAAGCGGCUACUCUGUGUACAGUACAUGUAUGCAAACUCAUCACACCAAACCUCCAUCUCCUUCCAAUUUAGUCCCUCAAAAAUGGCGGCAAUUGCUUGACAACACUCUAAUCUAAAUAUCUAGGGCAUAAAGUAUUGUUAUCCUCUCACAGACAGAUUGUGAUUCGCUACAAUGUUCGGAGCUCAGGCCUCUUCGUCGGCCUUCGGGACCCCAUCUUCAACCCCUGCCUUCGGAGCUUUCGGCACUCCCUCCUCCACUCCAGCCUUCGGCACGCCAUCGACGCCGUCCUUCGCCACCGGAUUCGGCACAUCCCUCUUCUCCACCCCAUUCUCUCAACAGCAACAACAGCAGCAACAACAACAGCAACAGCAACAGCCCUCGAUGUUUCAGCCGCAACAGAGCGCCAGCGCUUUCGGCUUUUCGACUCCCUUCGGCGCCACUCCUCCGCCGCAAUCCACUCCUUUCGGACAGUCGGCGACUCCCUUCGCUAAUUCUCAGUUGACCACUCAAAUGGCGCCUGUCGCUCCUCUUCCUUUCUCUCUCGCUGAUCGCGAUAUUCAGGCUAUUGUUGAUGCUUAUAAGGAAGAGCCUGGGAACCCUAAAUAUGCUUUUAAGCAUUUGUUGUUCAGUGUGACUGAACCUCAAUUUAGGAUAAAGCCUGCUGGCGUAUCAGACAUCAUGUGGGCGGAAGCAAUGGGGAAGCUGGAGGGUAUGGAGAGUUCUGAUAGGGAACGCCUUUGGCCUCAGCUUGUUCAGGGUUUCAAAGAUCUUUCACAGCGCCUGAAGCUUCAGGAUGAAGUAAUAGUUUCAGAUGCUGAGAGAUUGAGGAUGACUCAAAGCAAUGUGAAGAUGCUUCAACGGCAUUUGCAAGCUGAGACUCUUCCUUGGAUCCAAAGAAUGAGACAUAAAGAGCAAGGUCUUCAAAGGCGCCUCCUAAGGAUGAUGAGAAUAGUGGAGGGAUUGGAGGGGAAGGGUUUCCGAGUACCUUUAAUGAAAGGAGAAGCUGAAUUGGCUGAGAAAUUGGCUGCAAUAACUAGACAGUUGAAAGGAUCUGGAGCAGAGCUUUCUAGGAGGGUCCAAAACUUGAUCACCAUAUCCCGUGUUCAGGCAAAUGCUGGUGGUGGUGGUGGUUCAAUUUAUCUUCCGGGAUCAGCGAAGAUACAUGAACAGAGUCUUGUCGAUAUGCAGGAGGUUGUACAACAGCAGACAGAAGCCAUUGCAAGGCUUGGCAACGUGAUGAAGCGAGAUAUCAGGAACAUGGAGAUCAUAAUGGCAGAGGAUGCGGAGAUGACAGAAGAAGUGAGUUAGAGUCAGUGAUACUCUAAAUGCCCGAAAUAUUUUCUGCAUUUUUUCAAUGAUAAUUUUUAACCUAACAAGAUUAACUAAGUUAUUAACAGUGACUUACAUUCCGAUAUUCCCUAACAACAGUGUUAUUUUAAUGAUAUCAAGGCAUUGGUAAUUUGCUCUUGUUCCUCUCUCUCACAGACACUUGUGUUGUAUAAGAGACAUUUCAUGUUGGCAAUUGCUUAUUGUGUUUGAAGUUUAUUGGUA